UAUGUCUAUGGUUGGAACGCCUUAACAAAAUUCACCUCAAAUCAUGCUGUAAGAUCCAUUCAGACUCUCACGUAUGCUAAACAAUAAGUGUAGUAUGGCAUAUAAUAGUAUAAUAAUAUAUAAUAGUGUGUAUUCUGAUCAUUAUUGUACAUACGUGACAGCUUGGCGCAUGCAGACAGGCAAAAACGAGUUGAUAGGUCUGAUUUUUAUACGUCCCAAAAAAUAAAAAUAAUAAAAAAUUACUCAUGUCCAUUCACUGAGAUGUUGUCUGAAAUAUAUUAUGUUGAGGAGACUUUUAUUGUUUUUGUCUUUAUUGUUUAGUUUAGUAGUUUAGUUUGGUAAUUUACUUAUUUUUGUACACAAACAAUAAAUGUGUACGCAAAUCAUGCAGACUGAGCUUGUGAUGGUCUUAUCAGGGUUAAACUGCUGUGACGCAAAUUUCUGCAGUCACACUGACAAAACUGCACAACAACAAAUCUUUAAAAUGACAAGAAUCAAUCUCACUGCGUUGCACAACCGCUGGGUUUGACUGACUUUGGGAUGAAUAUGUGUAAAAGAACAGAGUGUGCCUGUUUAUGGUUUGAAGAGAAGUGAUUGUUCAGAUCCAGUGGAUGAGAGUUUGCUCACUGUGGGAAUUCCUGAACUCGUGGUUUUGUUGCAUAAUCCCUCACUGACUAUAUGAACCUGUGAGUUACGGUGCUAAACCAGACGAAAGAGCAAAAACCUGGAAGAUCACAUAAUGAAGCUGAGUGUGGAGGCAGCUUUGCCUUUGUUGGUGCUCAUCUCCGUAGCCAUAGUUUGCUGUCAGCAGACUGUGAACUGCAGAUGGGCGACUUAUGGAGAGUGGUCCGAGUGUGACGGUUGUAGGAGAACGAAGGUACGGACUCGACAUGUGGAGGUGUACGCCCAGUUUGGAGGACUGCCGUGUUCAGGAGAAUAUACAGAGACACAGACAUGUGUUCCACAGAAGAGAUGCCCCCUGGAAACAGGCUGUGGAGACAGAUUUCGUUGCACCUCCGGUCAGUGCAUCAGUCGCUCUCUGGUGUGUAACGGUGACCAGGACUGUGAGGAUGGUCUGGAUGAGAGAAGCUGUAACCUAGACAACAGUCAGCUUUCAUGUGACCUUGACAGAACCCCUCCCAACUCUGACUUCACAGGCAGAGGGUAUGAUGUGUUGACAGGGAAACUGAAAGCAGGUGUGAUCAACACGCGGAGCUUCGGAGGACAGUGCAGGAAAGUGUUUAGUGGUGACCACAAACUUCACUUCCGACUGCCACAGAGCAGCCUCAGGUACAACUUUGAGGUGACGGUGAACAACGAGGAGAGCGAUGAAUCCUACGACAGCGCCUGGUCCUACAUGCAGCACAUCCAGUCCAACGCCUUCUUCGGACACGACCGUCGCAGCUUCCACAAGGAGAUGACAGAAAACAAGGCCUACAGGAUGAUCAUCCUGAAGAACAGAGUGGAACUGGCCCAGUUCCAGAACUCUGCUCCCCAGUACCUGCCUCUGGCUGAAGGCUUCUGGAAGGCGUUGUCCACUCUGCCGCUAACAUACGACUACUCAGCGUACCGCCAGCUGCUCCAGACGUAUGGCACUCAUUACCUCUCUGAGGGCUCCCUGGGGGGCGAAUACCAAGCCCUGCUGGAAGUAGACCGGCAGGCGCUUGCCUCCACAAGUACAACUGAUAUUGAGUAUCAGAGGUGUUGGAGAAAGGUCAAACGCCGUCUCUUCCGGAAAAAAGUCACAACUACCUGUGAAAAACUGACAAGUUCUGUAACAUCCAGCUAUGGACACAAUGUAAACAAGAUGCCCAUUAAGAUCAACAUUAUUGGAGGAGAUCCAUCUUUCAUUGCAGCUCUGUCUGUUCUGGAUCUGGAAAACCCCGAAGCGAAUGGAAAGCUCUACAACAACUGGGCCUCAUCUGUCAAAGACUUCCCUGAGGUCAUAAACCAGAAGCUGCGUCCUCUGCACGAGCUGGUGAAGGAGGUGCAGUGUGCCGGUUUGAAGAAGCUGCACCUGCAGCGAGCCACAGAGCAGUACGUGGCAGAGGAGCAUCCCUGUCACUGCCGGCCCUGCCGCAACAAUGGCCGGCCGCUGCUCACGGGCUCCGAGUGUCGCUGCGUGUGCCGGCCCGGAACCUCCGGACGAGCCUGCGAGGCCGGAGCUGUGAUCGGAGAACAAGCGGGGGUGAUUCACGGGGGCUGGAGCUGCUGGUCUCCAUGGGGAUCCUGCUCUGGUGGACAAAGAACCAGAACUCGCAGCUGUAACAACCCUGCCCCCAGUGGCGGUGGCCAGUACUGCACUGGACUGCAGACGGAACACAAACCUUGUGACGACUCGGACAUACAGCACUUGCGGAAAAGCAGGUGUCUUACUGUGGACUUUACCUGCAGGAUGAUGGAGCCUCAGUGCUUCAGUCUUUCUGUGAGUCCACCAAAAACAUGUGGUCCACCUCCAAACCUCAGGAACGGGUUUAUUCAGGAUCCUAGAGACGUUUACCUGGUUGGAAGCACCGUGGACUACUCCUGCAUAGAGGGACACCACCUCAGUGGAAACGCUGUGGCUCGGUGCACUGACGACCAGAAGUGGGUGACGGGAGGAAUGACCUGUAAAAGUUCUACUUGUGAGUUUCCUACACUCAACAGUGAGGUUUCAGCCAAACCAACUAAAGCAGCUUAUCAGAUCGGAGACAGCAUAUCCCUGUCGUGUCCUGUGGCGUCAGUGCUGGACGGCCAGGCCUCAGUGAUUGAAUGCACGCCCAGCCUGCAGUGGUCUCCCUCUCCGGAAAGAAUCACUUGUAAAACAGUGCCUCCAGUUGCAGCCCAGCCCUCCGACCUGGCGUGUAAGCGAUGGGAGACUGUGGUGAAGGGCAGAUGUGUGUGUAGGAUGCCGUUCCAGUGCUUGCCUUCUCUGCAGUUGUGUGCCAGGCUCAGCUCCAGCCAAACCCGGUUACUGGGCGUUUGUCAGCUGGAAGCUCUGAGGUGUUUGGGACGGAGCUUCACGUUGACCAGCGACGGUGACUGUGUGUGGCCUCAGGAGACCUUCACGUCCUGUGACGGCUGCCAAGCAGGAACCGUCUGUCAGGAAUCAGCACAAAGGUGCAUAUGCCAGGACGUUGUGGAAUGCCACAGCACCUCCCCCCCGCUGUGCACCAGCUCUGGAGUCGGCGGCGCCGCAGUAACGAUGAGCGAGUGUGAGGUGGGGGCCAGAAGAUGUGCAGGUGAACGGGUCAGCGUGAUCAGUUUGGGGCCGUGUCCUGCAUAAAGAUGCUCUACCUCACACACAAGAACCUCAUCUUUGACCCCGAUUAAACUCUACAGAACUCAGCACUUGUAAAUAUGUUCAAAUACUGUAUGCUGCUAGUGUUCAAAUGCUGUAUUGAUGGUCACUUUAUUAUCAACAAUCUGUCUGUACUUGUUGUUUAUAUCAUGCUCUAUGCUGAGUUACUCUAAAUAAAAUCUUUAUUUGUCACAACAGUG